GUGCCUAGGCCCGCCUCUACUCAGCACGUGUGUGUUACCGAGCUGGGAGUGACAGCUGCGGACUCGGCAUGGAGGGGAACAGCAAGAGCAGGAAGAGGGAGACCGAGAUCCUGGUAGAUGGUCCCACUUUGGAGUUUGAAUACAAUGAUUCAGACCAGUUGUCUGCAGAGUUUGCAGAACUUUACAGCUACACGGAAGAACCCGAGUUCAACCUUAACUGCAGAUGUUUUGAGGAAAGGUUUAGAGUUGAAGAUGAGGCAAGAUGGAUGUCCCUGGACGCAGCACAGCACAGAACUCAAGUCAUGUACCUCCUUGAUGAACUGGAGGUGGUGUCCCGGGAGAAGCGACUGUCAGCGGCUAGAGCUAUCCUCUACUUGGCACAAGGGGUGUUUGUAGAAUGUGAAAAUGAGACUGAUGUCCUCCAAUGGUCUCGAUACAACUGCUUCCUGCUUUACCAGAUGGGGACUUUUGCCGUCUUCUUGGAACUUCUGAACAUGGAAAUUGCGAACAGCCAGGCCUGCAGCAGUGCUCUAAGGAAGCCUGCUCUGUCAUUGGCAGACAGCACUGAACUCAGGGUGAUUCUAAGUGUCAUGUAUCUCCUGGUGGAAAAUAUAAGGCAGGAGUCGCCAGAAGAUGAUCCAGAAUGGAGUAUUCUGAGACAAACUUUCCACACAGAACUUGCUUUUCCAUCCAAUGGCGAGGAACCAUUUUCUCAUCUCCUCUUCACAAUGGUUGCCAAGUUCUGUAGUGGCCACUCUCCACAUUUUCCCAUGAAGAAGGUCCUGCUAUUGCUCUGGAAAGUUCUUUUGUUUACACUAGGGGGAUUCUCCGAGCUACAGAAGAUGAAGGAGCGAAAGAGAGCAGAGUUGGGUCUGCCACCACUGCAGGAAGACAGUAUACAAGUGAUGAAGAACAUGAGGCCCACUGCUCCUCCAUCCUAUGGAAUAGAAUUUGGCGAGCAGCAGAAGAGGGGGCGACGUAGCCGCAGGGACAGUCUUGAUGUCUAUAAUGAGAGAGACCCUUUCAAGAGCGAGGAAUCUGCAGGGGGGGACGAGGAUGAAAAUGAGGAUUCGGAGAACAUGGUGGAGGCAGAGUCUGAUGUACAAGAAAGGGAUGUCAUGUCACAGCCAAUGGCUUGCCUGAGAAUCCACACCGAGCGAGUGUGCUUCCCUAGGGGUCUUCCUUGGGCACCUAAAGUAAGAGAGAGAGACAUUGAAAAUUUCCUGGAGAUGAGUCGAAACAAGUUCAUUGGAUUCACAUUAGGGCAUGACACCGAUACGCUGGUAGGAUUACCACGGCCUAUUCAUGAGAGUGUGAAGAUUUUAAAGCAGCACAAGUAUGUUUCAGUUUCUGAUGUGCAGAUUAAAAAGGAACAAGGGCUGGAACAAUGUCCCAUGUCGCUGGGAGAGGAGGAGGUGGAGGAGACUGCAACAGAAUGUCUAUAUAAAGCCAUGUUGUUUAACAUACCUCAAUACAUGAUUGCCUUGUUGAAGAUACUUCUGGCAGCUGCUCCAACUUCCAAAGCCAAGACCGACUCCAUUAAUAUUCUGGCUGAUGUUUUGCCUGAGGAAAUGCCGGUCACUGUGCUGCAAAGCAUGAAACUGGGGAUCGACGUGAACCGCCACAAAGAGAUCAUUGUGAAGAGUGUAUCAGUGCUGCUGGUACUGAUGCUCAAACACUUCAAGCUCAACCACAUUUACCAGUUUGAAUACGUCUCCCAGCACCUGGUGUUUGCUAACUGCAUCCCUCUGAUCCUGAAAUUCUUCAACCAGAACAUUAUGUCCUACAUCUGUGCCAAGAACAGCAUCUGUCUUCUUGACUUUCCAUCCUGUGUCGUCCAUGAAUUGCCAGAGCUGACUGCUGAAAGUCUGGAGUCGGGAGACCAUAACCAAUUUUGUUGGAGGAAUCUUUUCUCCUGCAUCAACUUACUAAGAAUCCUUAACAAGCUCACCAAGUGGAAACAUUCCCGGACCAUGAUGCUGGUCGUGUUUAAGUCUGCUCCCAUCUUAAAACGAGCAUUAAAGGUUAAACAGGCCAUGAUGCAGUUAUAUGUGCUGAGGCUGCUGAAGCUCCAGACUAAGUACCUGGGCAGACAGUGGAGAAAGAGCAAUAUGAAAACCAUGUCUGCUAUCUACCAAAUGGUGCGGCAUAGAAUGAAUGAUGACUGGGCCUAUGGCAACGAUCUUGAUGCCCGACCUUGGGACUUCCAGGCAGAGGAGUGCACAUUACGGGGUAACAUAGAGAGCUUUAACAGCCGAAGAUAUGAGAAAAACCCCAACUCGGAGUUUGCCCCUGUAGACAACUGUCUGCAAAGUGUGUUGGGCCAGAGGAUUGAGCUCCCGGAGGAUUUUCAUUACACCUACGAGCUCUGGCUGGAAAGAGAAGUGUUCUCCAGGCCAAUCCAAUGGGAAGAACUGCUGCAGUAUUCCUGACUACCAAAUGUAGCCAUUCGGUCACAUCUUGUGUACUAUAUGGUGCUAUUCUGACACUGCACAAAAGGGGAAACCCAGAGUUCUAUGAAUAACCUGCAGGCAUUUUCUCUGCUAUGGGUCUUGAUGAAAAGAGUGCUUUGGAAAGGUCAGAGUCGUUUUCUAUUUGCACGGAAGUGGAACCACUUUGGUUUUUGCCGGUGCUUUGUUUUAGUGGGAACAGAUCUGUUUGCCAUGCAUCCCGUCCACAGGUUCCAAUUAUCUGAUGCCUUUGAUUCAAGUGCCUAGACUAAUGCUGACCAUACACUGUAUGAAAAAUCAGCAGAAGUUUUGUUUGUUUUUUGCCCAGUUAAUGUGCACAAAUCGGUUGGGAUGUUUUUAAGCAAAAAAAAGGACAAGUUUGGAAAUUUUCUGCCGAAUAAAUGAUAAAUUGAAAGGGUAAUGGCUUUCCAAACUGUUUGCACUAGGUAUAUGUGAAAAAAAUGAACAAAAAAUGUAUUCAUUUAUGUCCACUAAAAGAUUUAUAGGUCAUUACAUGAUGGCACUAUCCUUUGUUCCCACAGCUGAAUGUUUGUGCGAAAAACAGUGUAUGGCCAGCAUUAAUAUGAUGUCAUACUAGUCGGGUAAUUAGUGCCAAUAUUGGUGUAAAGCUUUUGGUUUAUAGCAGUUUUUCAGAUGGGUAAACUUGUCUUUUGUGUGUGUAAAGGAACUCUAGCAAUGUGAAGUUUUGAUUUAAUAUAAAAGUGAUUUUAAAGUC